UUUUUGUUUGUCUCUCUGUUUCCAUCACUUCCACAACCAAAAUCCGAUCAUCGCCUUCUCUCUCUCUCUCUCUUAAUCUCUGGCCGGAGAUUCUUUCGUUAAACCAGAUUACGUUUUGUAUGCUAAUUGAAGAAGGAAAAUGAAUACACAACUUUUGGAGAUUGAACCAAAGGAGCUUGAAUUCAAAUUUAUAUUGAAGAAGCAAUGCUACUGCUCCAUUAGGCUCACGAAUAACACUGACCAAAACCUUGCUUUCAAGGUUAAAACUACAUCUCCCAAGAAAUACUGCGUGCGGCCUAAUGUUGGCAUUAUUAUGCCCGGAUCAAUAUGCGAUUUUACAGUUACCAUGCAAGCUCAGCUCGAAGCUCCUCCCGAUAUGAUAUGCAGAGAUAAGUUCUUAAUCCAAAGCACAGUUGUCCCUGUUGGAACAAUUGACGCUGACAUUACAUCUGCCACAUUUGUCAAGGACAGUGGAAGAUAUAUUGAAGAGCACAAGCUUAAAGUUGCUCUUGUCAGCCCACCUCAUUUGCCAGUAUCAUCAACAAUUAAUGGGACAACGAAUCAGGGAACAGAUCACGAUGCUUCGAUACCAAAAGAGCACAAAUUCAGUAGAGUUGGGAUUCAUGUGCCAUUGCAGACGGUCACCAAGGUUGAGGAAUCAAAUAUGAUAAAUUUGGAAGAUUUAAAGCCAACAAAGGAUGUGAACUGGAAGCCAAGGAAAGAUAUGUUCUGUGCAGAGGAUUUAAAGCUGAAGCCAAAAAAUGAUGUUAAUGAUGAGGACUUAAAAUUUACUAAAGACCCGGAGCUGAAACCAAAGAAUAAUUUCAAUAGCAAGGAGUUAAAGCCGGUGAAAGAUGUGGACUCAAAGCCAAGGGAGAAUGUUCUUGAUACUGGGGAAUUUAAUUCUGUGAAUGAAAAAGAGUCCAAUCCAUUGAAGGAUGGUGAAGGGAAAAUUUUGAAGACAAUGGAGGAGCUAAUGUUUGCAAAAGAUGUAGAAGAAAUGAAAUCAAACGUGGCCAACCUUGAAUCUAAGCUAGGCGAGGCUGAAGCUACCAUUUUAAAACUUGCAGAAGAAAGGAGGUUGAGAGCUCAAGAAAGAAAAAUCUUAGAAGACGAGCUAGCGCUAUUGAGGAAAAAAGCGAAGCUAAAAGAAGUUAAAGUGGGAUUCCCUCUUUUAUUUGUUUGUAUGGUAGCACUAAUCAGCAUCUACAUGGGAUACUUUUUGGCACCAUUAAUAAAGAACAAGGCUUCCAUGUCAGAUCUUUACCAGCAAUAAUCAGUAUGAUAUUAAUCCGUUUGAUUAGGUGACUGUUUUCCUUUUCCUUUUUGUUGAUAAUAAUAAUCAUAAUUAUUUUUUGUUGUCUUUGUAUUGACAUUCUGACAUUUAUUAUUGGACAAU